AUGCGAUUCUUUUAGUUUCUGUUUUUAGAUCAGCAGACAGACAGAUGCGGAGAAAACUCCAGACCAAAUGUCCUGCUUCAAACCCAAACCAUGAACGCAUACAUGUCUUAGUUCGUGAGAUGGAAUCCGUUUUAAGCUGUUAAGCUGUAAAGGUGUUUUAAAAUGUCUUGCAUAAAAAAAUCCAUAGCCUGAACAGCUUAACACCUAGUGUCAGUGUCCUGACGAAAUGAUUCAUUUUCUGAUGCAGGUCUGAGCCACAGUGGGAUCACUUCUCUACACUUCCGGUGAUAUAGUCGCAGAAAUAACCAGGAGGAUGAAUCUGUGUAGUGAAGGCCCGAUGAGGUUCCAUAAUAAUGGCUGUUACAUCUCGACAUUUAAGAAGAAAGGAAUUAAUAUCCUAUGAGUACCCCAGAGUCACCCUCGUCUUACCAUAAAAUAACUGUGCGACCAGAAGAUAUUUCUGCUUCCACUCUUGCACAGGGAGAUAAUGGAGACAGCAUGUCGCACAGCAACUAGUGUAUGACAUGAAAGAUUGUUUUUCUUACUAGACCACAUUCUCAUCCCCUUCUCGCCUCCCACAUCAUAUUUUGCAGGGACUAGUUGUUAAUGCUUUUAAUAUUUAAAACUGUUCUACAGAAGCAAAUUUUAGAAAAAAAAUAAUUGUUUAUAUACAAUCAAAUACAUUGAUUGUAGCGCAUAUGAAACAAUUGGGCUGACAGGAACGAAAGCCUGGCAUAAACAGUUUUAUCUUAUUUAAAGCAAUUUUAGUUUAUAAACAGUUCUAAAACUGUGUUGUACACUGCGUUUUUUUUCAUAAAACUGACUGGAAGUGGUAAGAGGGAUGGUGAUGUUGGUACAGGUGUCAUUCACGAGUACAAAUUUUGUUCAUUAUUUCAAAUGAUGUUAGUAAAUUUCAAAACAUAAACAAUGCAUAUCCUCGGACAACAUAAACCGAUCUGUAAUAUUCCAUUUAUAAAAAGUUGUUAACUUCUUUGUUGCCCUGUCAAGUUUGGCGAGCAGUAUUUCAACUCUUCAUCAACAAGACAAUACGAAUACAAAAGAUAAGAAGACUACAAUAUUUGUUAGCUUGUACAUACAAAUGUAAAAAUAAAAGCAAUGAGAUAAACACUAUUUUUUGACAUUGCCCUAUCUUUGAGUUGAAAGGCGCUUGACCUUUCGUCAGAAAAACAACUCGUUUCGGAGAGAAGAAAUCUCCUACCAACCAACAAACAGUUAACUCACCAGGAAGAAAAAAAUGAUAAAAAAAAAUUGGCAGCAAAGCUGGGUUGGCUUCCUGCUCCCUAUGUUGAUGACAAUGAACAGUUCGGCCCCCUCCGUCGACUAGGCCCUGGGACCUUCACCUUUUCCGACUAAAUGUUGUUGUAAAGAAGGAAGGUCUUAUAUUUUGUUCUGAAAUCAAUAGGGCCUAAAAACUUCAGUUACACUGUCCUAACAGUGCUUUGCCAAAGAAUAAAAAGGGCAACAGGUUACAUACAGUAAAUAACUUAGUGUACAGGAAGAUACUGGUAUACCACGUGAAAGAUCCAAAGGGGGGGGGGGCAAAACAUUUUCUAAUGACUGGGUUUAUCUCGGUGCAAGACACUAUUUCCCAAAAUCUGGAUGAAUAGCCCUCUUUCGUUCUAGAUAUACAAGCCCUACAGACAUCAUGACACACAGGAGGAGGACAAAAUGAUGUCACGUUUGUACUCAGAUACGCCUAUUCUUCCAGCUUUCCUAUUAACUGAGGCCUUUAAAAAAAAUAUUGUAUAAAAAUACAUGUGCACAAUACUGAUGUCUGACUUAUUGACCUCUUUCUGGUCAACGCCGACGUAGACCAGGAUGGUGAACAUGGAAGAGUGGAUUGGGCGUACCGUGUUCAUCGCAGCUUCGGACAGGUUUACGUGAGCCUCUGGAGUCACAUGACAAUCUGCAAGUCCCUGUUAACGCCUGCGCACUGUGACAAUUUUGAACCCGUCUCGAGCUCAAACUCAGUGACACCAGCUCCGGUUUCAGGGACUGGAGCCAAUAGCUAGUGCCAACACCAGCCCACGCUUUGGUCGUGGAGUUUCUCUCUCUCUAGAGCCCGACAAAUACCUUAGAAAAAUGACAGCCGUUGUCUGCUCACUUUCUUUCUGUGUGCCUUCACUGCGCUAAUAGAAGACACAGAAGCAGAAAAUAUAGAAAAUAUAGAUGUGAGAAGCAGACCAAAGUUCAACACCUUAUGUAGUAGCCAUUCUGUUGGAGCAGCGGUAAAAGCCCUUGUCACAGCCAGAAUCCGCGACACCCACAUUGACAGUACCCGUGCAGCUGUCACUUUGACUCUACCUUCGUAACGUCGUCCACCCAGGGUACUGCUCCGAGUAUUCGCGAGACAGUGACGACAUCGGUCAUCUUGCUGGAUCCACAAUCAGAUGGAUGAGAAGCAGCUUCUCGAGAAAAACCUAAUUAAUGCUGUAAAUAAGAUAAAACCAGAGCAUGAGAUCAACAAGCUGUUAAAGCUAGUCCGGCUUCACGUUCCAAUUGAACAAAUAAAAGAUAAGUGUGGAACUCCCCUUCUGAACAUCGCCAUCAGUGCUUCCAACCUUGGUGCGGUUUCCCUUUUGUUGAAGUAUGGGGUGAAUCCGCUGGUUGUUGAUAAGGACGGACAAACUGCUCUACAUGCUGCAGCAUACGUGGACAACACUGAUGCCUUGUGGUCAAUAGGGACUAGCAGAAACGAUAUUGAAAAGCUUCUGACAGUCAAGAAUGGCAAAGGAGAUACUCCCCUUCAUGUUGCAGCUCGACGGAGUUCUACAGACACCACCGAGUGGAUGAUGUUUGCCGGUGCUAACCCGAUGGCUGUCAAUGAGGAACAGCAAACAUGCCGGCAGGUGGCGCCAGAGAGGCCAUACAUGAUAAAGUACAUUCUGCGGAAGUCCCGAGAAAAUGAGUCUGUGCCUUUCUUCAUCACACCCACACAGACGAAACCUUUUCUUUCUCAAGACGGUCACUUCUCUAUCGCACUUGAUGCUGUGGACCAGAGUGCUUCGACUUCAGAAGUCACAACGGUGGCCAUGAUCCGGACCAAAGCGCCUCAGAACCUGAAUCCCCCAAUAACCUGUUACGAUGGAGAGACCUUCUGGGGUCACGGCAUUGAAUACAUGAGCAGGACCACGACACAAGCAAAGAUCAAGUUUUUUCUUCACGACCGAGUGGAUACAUUCCAUCGGCUGGUCAUCAAGAUAAAAUCAGAAGAAAAACAAGAGAAAGAAUACGAUGCCACCGUAGAGGAGUUGCCACUUCACGAAGAACAAGUGUCAUUUCAAGACAAAGCUUACGUUGCAGUAGCAUGUGCACAUGUUGAGCUCGACAAAAGUGGUUCAAUCAGCCUCCUGUAUGGCCCAGCCUCCGAUACCAUAAAGCUCGGUCCAGAUGGCGGAACGUUUGAGUUCUCCAAGGAUCCUGGUGUCAAAAUUUCAGCUUCUUGUACAAAUCAGAGGGGACUUCCUGAAGGUGCGCUCCUGAAUUUACAGGUGAUGAAGCCUCCUCUUGAAGAUCAAAAAACACCUCCGGAGCCAUCUCCGCCAUCAGAAGCAGCAGAAACCACUGCGACACUUCAGGGAGUGUUGCUGGCUAUGACGUACUUCCUGUACUUGCGAGGACUGCCGUCUCUGGCUAGCAGUACUACCUGCACUGCUACACUGCCUCUGUGUGAGCAGUUCAACAAGGAACAGUCGCACGCCUAUGUCUUUGUACGACCCGAUGGACAAGGACAAGAGGGAGACAACGUGGACGAGGAGAUGAAGAGAUGGGAGCAAAAGCCAGAACCUCUCGUCCUGGAAAAAAAUAACUCGAGUGUCGAAAUCCCCACAGGCAUCAACGAGACGACAACUGUUGUACAAAUCGCUGAAGGAGCAGAUCCUCAAGAGGUCAAACGAGCGGUAGCCGAGCAACACAUGAAGUCAAUGCUGGUUCCAGUUCAGCUUUAUGUCCUAGAGAAGCUAGACCAAGCUAUCGAAAACGAGAGGUGUUGCCUGGUAAUAGCAGUAAAAGCCAGACAGGAAGGCUCAUUGAUCACGGAGUCACAAGAUCAGUCCGAAAGCUAUAAUAUACUCAAAGUUAGUGACACCCUGUACGUACCACACAGCCUCCAGAUGAAGAUAUCUCUUCACCAGAAGAACCCUGUCACAACGACAUCGGCAGUUAUCCUUUUCCAACAUGGUGUGCAUACAGACAAGAACGGACACAGCUGCGGUUUCCACGUAUGCAAACAAGAAACAACACAGACGAAAAUAAUAUUUAAGAUAGAAAAAAGCAAACUGUUAGAGCAGUGUGACCAGACGUUCAACUGGAAACCACUUAUUGACUUGGAAGUCUGCAUACCUCCCUUCAGACCGGUCACGAGCAGCCCAGAAUCUGAAACAGUCGCAGAACAACCUUCGUCGCUCACACCUGAAGUCGAUGAAACAAACGAAUGUCCUAUCGAUGACCGACUACUUAACCAACUUGCCAGAAAAAUACCAGCAAGUGAUGUAUAUCAUCUGGGACUUCAACUUAAACUUCGCUCAUGGGACGUGGAUAACAUCAUGCAAAGCAGUAGUACAGAGGACAUGUUUACAAAAUGUUUCAAGAUUUUGAGAGCGGCGCGAGAUUUAUUACCGAAGAAUUUUGUCAAACGCCUCCGCACAGCUUUGAGUGAGCUUCAGCUAAUCUCCCAGUUGGAUUGGUUUCUUCAGGAACUCAAGAAGUCGACAGCGUAUGAGUCACGGUGGAAUCCCUUCCAUCGUCUUCCCCAGAUUAAUCACAGAAAUAACCAGCAGGAGGAACAUGUGAUAGAUGAGGUUUCUACAAAUGUUAUGGCUGAAAUGUCGUUAUAUCUUGACAUCAAUGAAGAAACAAAUUAAUAUCCUAUCGGUAUCCCAUACCCUGCUCGGUCCUACCACAAAAAUAAAUAAUUGAGGCACGACCAGACGAUAUUCAGCAUCUAAAGAAACCUGCAAAGGGAGGUAGUCUGGACAGCAUGUCGCAAAGCAACAGAUGUAUGACAUGAAGGAUUGCUUCCCUUACUAAACAAUGUUCUCUUUCCCUUCUCACGUACCCUCCUACUUACUACUUCACAAGGCCUAUUUCACGUUUCUGAAACUCAAACCAUUUCUAAAGAAGCAAACAUAGAAACUUUUUUUUCCAAAAAACGUUCUAUGCCAUUUAGAUACAUUGCACAAGUGUGUAAAAAAAAAUUGCUGGCGGAAACGAAAGCCUUUCAUAAACAGCUUUAUUUUAUUUAAAACAAUUUUAAUUUUUAAAAAGUUCUAAAUUUAUGUUGUGCAUUGUGUGUCUAUAAAGCUGAUUAUCUAAGCAGAUGUAAGGCCUCUAAGUGUUUAAAAUUAGAAAUGUGUUGUGCACCUGUUCGUUCAUAAAUCCUCAUCUAUUCUAAAUGUGAAGAGCUAUCUCAACAAAUUGUUACUGCGAGUAGAAAAACAAGACAUUAACACCUUUUGAAAUAGGACUUUGUUAAUACACAGCUGCUCCAGAUAACACUGCAAGGUCUGUCUUCUUUCUUUUUGCUCCAUUGCUGACAUUUAGGUUAGACAUUCUUUCUCCACCUCCACCUCCUUCUUCUCCUCCUUUUCCUUCUUCUUGUUGGUGAAGGAGGAGGGAGAGUAGGAGUAGUGGCGGUGAUAAGGAUGUUGGUGUUGGUACAGGUGUUAUUAUGGAGUAAAAGUUUCCCUCAUUAGUUAAACUGUUUAAGUAAAUCUCAAAGUAAACAUUGCAUAUCACUGGCCAACAUAAUCCCGUCUGUGAUAUUCCAGCUUUCUAUAUAUAUAUAUCCAUAUACAUGUAUAUAUAAGCUGUUGUUAAAUCCUUUGUUGUAUUGCGCUGGUAGUCAAUCUAUAUGAUUCGAAGAAAGUACGAUAACAAAAGUUGUAAGCUUGUAUAUGCGAGCUCAGAAAUAAAAGCAAUUCUGUAAAGACUAUAUAUUUUGCAUACAGCGGCUAUUUAUACCACACC